CCUGAUCUUAUUAAAGCUUGGAGCUUUUUAAAGUAAUGUAGCUAAUUCACAGUGAGAAAAAGCAGAUGGCUACUGGGUAGUGAGAGAAUCUAAACAGUCAUUCUCUCUCUGAUUCCUGUGUGUUACAUUGAAGUGAAACAAGAAGAAGGGAAGGGGCUAAAGCAAGCAAAGACAGAGAUGAAAGAAUUGGAGUAAAAAAGUGAACCCCACACACACUCGACACUCCUAUUUGGUACAAUUAUUUUUUAUUGUGACGAUUUUGUUGUACCCAACAAAGCAUUUACUCACUGAAUCAGCAAAAGCUCUCUCAAAAAAGUGCAAAGCUUUUUCCCUUUUCUUCUUCGUUACCAUGAAGUUGAAGCCUUUAUUGCCUUGAACCAACAGCAACAUUCUAACAACAACAACAACAACAACAACCACCAAAACCAGAAAACAAAAAAACCCCAAAACACUCACUGUUUUUCUUCAUCCGGGUACCUUUUGAAAUUGACCCAAAACCAUGAGAGACUCAGAGAGAAGCUUGGAUCCUCAGCUAUGGCACGCCUGUGCCGGAGGCAUGGUCCACAUGCCUCCGGUGAACUCAAAAGUCUUCUACUUUCCACAAGGCCACGCAGAGCACGCUCAAGCCCAUGUCGAUUUCUCAUCAGCCUCCCUCAGAAUCCCAUCUCUCAUUCUCUGUAGAGUGGCCUCCAUCAAAUUCAUGGCGGACCCAGAAACCGACGAGGUCUUCGCCAAGAUUAAGCUAAACCCAAUUGAAAACAACGAGCCUUAUGCCUCGGAUGAAGACUCCAUGGAGGCUGAUGGGUCUGAAAAUCAAGAAAAGCCAGCAUCUUUCGCUAAGACUCUGACCCAAUCGGACGCUAACAAUGGCGGUGGGUUCUCUGUACCCAGGUACUGCGCUGAAACCAUUUUUCCUCGAUUGGAUUACUCGGCCGACCCGCCGGUCCAGACCGUGAUUGCUAAGGACGUUCAUAGCGAGAUAUGGAAGUUCAGGCACAUUUACAGAGGCACGCCCAGGCGCCAUUUGUUGACCACUGGGUGGAGCACAUUUGUGAACCAGAAGAAGUUGGUGGCUGGCGACUCGAUUGUGUUCUUGAGAGCUGAAAAUGGUGAUCUUUGUGUCGGGAUUAGGCGAGCCAAGAGAGGAUUGGAUGGCGCUGGUGGGCCUGAAUUGGCAUCUGGGUGGAACAACAGCCAUGGAGGAGGCUCUGGAGCUUGUGUUCUUCCAUAUGGUGGGUUCUCUGUGUUUUUGAGAGAGGAGGAGAACAAGAUGGUGAGAAACGGGGGUGGGAAUUUGAGUCCCAAUGGGAAUUUGAGAGGGAAGGGGAGAGUGAGGCCUGAAAGUGUUGUUGAAGCUGCAACUAUGGCGGCAAAUGGGCAGGCGUUUGAGGUGGUUUAUUAUCCGAGGGCCAGCACGCCGGAGUUUUGCGUUAAGGCCUCGGCGGUGAGGGCGGCGAUGAGGGUGCAGUGGUGCUCAGGAAUGAGGUUCAAGAUGGCGUUUGAGACUGAGGACUCAUCUAGGAUCAGCUGGUUCAUGGGUACAAUUGCUUCUGUUCAGGUUUCUGACCCAAUUCGCUGGCCCAAUUCCCCUUGGAGACUUCUACAGGUGACGUGGGAUGAGCCAGAUUUGUUACAGAAUGUGAAGUGUGUCAGCCCAUGGUUGAUUGAACUGGUAUCAAAUUUUCCCAUGAUCCACAUGUCACCCUUUUCACCACCAAGAAAGAAGUUGCGUCUCCCGCAACCAGACUUUACUCUUGAUGGGCAAUUAACAUUGCCAUCAUUUUCAGGCAACCCCCUCGGGCCCAGCAGCCCCUUGUGUUGUCUACCUGACAACACUCCUGCAGGCAUACAGGGAGCCAGGCAUGCUCAAUUUAGAAUAUCUUUAUCAGAUCUCCACGUUAACAACAAACUGCAGUCGGGGCUGUUCCAAUCCAGUUUCCAGCGGUUCGAUCAAAAUUCUAGAAUCUCCAGUGGCAUUAGAGCAGGCCAUACAAGCAGCAAUGAAAACCUUUCUUGCUUGCUGACAAUGGGGAAUUCUAGUCAGAACUCGGAGAAAUCUGAUAAUGUGAAGAAACACCAGUUUUUACUCUUUGGUCAACCAAUACUUACCGAGCAGCAGAUUUCUCGGAGCUGUUCCAGUGAUGCAGUUUCACAACUUCUUACUGGGAAAGAUUCAAAAGAUGGGAACCAAGAUAGAACAAAGUUUCUUUCUGAUGGUUCAAAAUCUGCACAUGGGAUGCAAGUUUCACUAGAAAAAUCCUCUAAUGCUGGGUUUCCAUGGAAUAAGGAUUUUCAAGGUUCUGACUUUGACCUGGAAACCGGUCAUUGCAAGGUUUUCAUGGAGUCAGAGGAUGUGGGACGGACUCUGGACCUCUCGGUUCUUGGCUCUUAUGAAGAGCUGUACAGGAGGCUGGCCAACAUGUUUGGAAUAGAAAAACCACAGAUGCUGAGCCAUGUUCUUUACCGGGAUGUGACAGGUGCUGUUAAACAAACUGGAGUUGAACCAUUCAGUGAUUUUAUGAAAAAAGCAAAAAGACUGACUAUUCUAACACAUCCAACCGAUGAAAGUAUUGGCAGGACGUGGAUUCGAGGGAUGCAAAAUGCGGAAAAUGGACUCAGCGCAACAAAUAAGACUGGUCCUUUGAGCAUAUUUGCUUAGUCUAGUAUGGCAUUUGAGACUAAAUGCCAAGAAUACUGAAUGAAUGUUGAAGUUGUUCGCUUAAUUUCUAGUUUAGGAGAAAUGGGAUAUUGAACUCCUCUUAUUAACUGUGUCAUCUUGGUAUAUUUCUCGUGCUAAGUGUACAUGUUGUACUCAAUAUUAAUAAAGCCCAAUGUUAUGGUGAAAAUUUUGCAUGCCUG